AUGGAUCAAGCGCAAGACUUCAAGUCUUUGCAGGACCAGAUCCAGCCUGCCCUGCUGGCGACAACUCGGGUUUCGGGUCAGCUCUCCUCGCAGGAUCUUGGAUUCCAACGGUCCCUGAACCCCGAAGUUGGUACCGCUCUCGACGAACAAACUGCGCGCCUCCUCGAAUUGUCACGCGGGUUGCUCAAGUCUGCGGCUUCUAUAGCGGAACUUCACGUACCAGUCUUGGAGGAUGUGGAUGAUGUGGACAAUCAUUGGCGCGGCGUGGUAGAUGUGGUAGACUCCCUGUUGGAAAAGACGGACACCUGCCUGGACGAAUAUACUGGAUUGAUCAAGCGCAAGACGACCGCUGAACAGGCAUCUCCCAAACCCAAGAAAAACACCUACUCGUUGGGUAGUGCGUUCCGAACCCAAAAUCUCGUCAAGCCCCAACUUGCCUUCGAGGUCAAACCGGACAACAAUGAUACCUCAACCUGGAAACCACUUCUUACAACGAAGCCCCAUGCCAUACAACCACUGGAGGAGAGUCUCAGCACAUUCACGAAUGAUUUCGAUCAGCAGCAAUACCGACACCCGUACGAAACCGAGAUCUCGCAAUUGAGGUAUCCAGAAACCGUAUAUAAGAAGGCUGAUCCAAUCCCUUACCUGCCAGUAGAGUCCACUUCAGCCAUCUUCGUUGACACUCUAGAGGGUGUAUUGGAGAUGCUGGAAGAGCUCAAGGCGGCGACCGAAAUUGCUGUUGAUCUCGAACACCACGACGCUAGGUCGUACGUGGGUCUUGUCUCACUAAUGCAAAUUAGCACUCGCAACAAGGAUUGGAUUGUAGACACUCUUAAGCCUUGGAGACAGAGUCUGCAAGUGCUCAACGAAGUCUUCGCUGAUCCGCGCAUCGUCAAGGUUUUCCACGGCGCAUACAUGGAUAUUGUGUGGCUUCAACGAGACCUUGGUCUUUAUGUUGUUGGACUUUUUGAUACCCAUCAUGCGAGUCGAGCUUUAGGGUAUCCCGGAGGAAGUCUCGCUUUCUUGCUGAAGAAGUUUAUCAAUUUCGACGCCGACAAGAAGUACCAGAUGGCAGAUUGGAGGAUACGACCCCUACCGGAUGAGAUGUUCUUCUAUGCAAGGGCUGAUACACAUUUUCUACUUUACAUCUAUGAUAACAUGCGAAAUGAGCUAAUCGAUAGAACUAAUCCCGAAGAUGGCGAGGAGAAUUGUAUUGAGACAGUCAUUGAGAAGUCAAAGGAGACCUCUCUUUUGCGAUUUGAGCGUCAAAUCUAUAACGAGGAAACUGGUAAAGGACCAGGUGGAUGGUUCCAACUUCUGGUUAAAACGCCAUCUCUUCUCAAUAAUGAGCAGUUUGCGGUAUUUAGAGCUGUCCAUGCAUGGCGAGACAAGAUCGCACGAAUCGAUGACGACAGCACUUCUUUCGUGAUGCCGAACCACGUUAUUUUCAGUAUUGCUAAGCUGAUGCCAAUGGACAUGGUCGCCCUCCUCUCAGUUGUUCAUCCUAUUUCGCAUAGUGUGAAAUCUCGUUCCGGGGAGUUAUUAGAUCUCAUCAAGGCAGCGAAGGCCCGAGGAAAGGACGGUCCAAGCAUGAUGGAUGUGCUUCGCUCCGAUCCAGUUGAUGCCGCUGCGAAAGCCAAUCUACCCCCAGUAACUGCUAAAUCGACAACCCCAACUCUGGUAGCUGUCGUAGACGACAGCGAGCUUGUUAGCGGGCAAUCCUCCUUCUGGGGUGGUGCUUUCGGUAGCAGUGUUUGGGACACUCCUACGUUCAGCAAGAAGGAUGAUGGUUUGCGACUCGCGGUACCAUUACCUCAGCUGUCCUCUGAGAUAUUCUCCACGUUCAAUGGCUUACCAGACCGGUCAGUGGAGAACAUCAAGGCCCAGCCUGAACCUAUAGAGCCAGAUGUACCGGUGCAGGAGGAAGUAGACGAGCCCUUUGUUCUAAAACGUGGUGCAGAGCGAAAGGGUGAUACCAUAUCCGAGCCAGAAGCCACAACUGGCUCCAAUGACACCUCCCCAAAUGAUACCGAAGAUCAGGCAGCGCUUGAAAAGGCCGCGCGGAGAGCCGAGAAAAAGGCAGCGAAGAGACUAAGGCAAAAACAGCGACAGCAAGCAGAAGAAGAAGCUCGGGUGGCAGAUGCGGAAGAAGAAGAUGAGGAAGAGCCCUUUGAUUACAGUAAAGCCGAUUCUGUGCUUCAUGGAAAGAGAAAGAGCCAAGAGCAAGGAGGACCGAAACGCAAAAAGCCCUUUGACCCGUAUGCAAAAGUUGCUGAUGCACCAAAGGGUAUGCGUAGGGUGCAGACGGAGAGGGCCGGGAAGAGCCAUACUUUCAAGAGUUGA